CUUUGAAAAAAAAAUGUCAGAAAAAAUGUUAUGGCUAUGCAAUGACAUAAUUGUACUAAUAUUGAAAGAAUUACAAGACGAUACAAAAUCUUUAUAUUCAUGUCUUUUAAUCAAUAGAACUUGGUGUAGAUUGACAGUGCCAAUUUUAUGGCAGAAUCCUUCUAAUAAGAAAGGUUACAUAUCCUAUAAAGUAUGCAAUAUUCUAUUUAAUGUAAUACUUUCACAUUUAUCAGAAGAAUCAAGAAAUAAUUUGAAGUAUCAAGGAAUUGAUCUUUUUAAAGAAAUAUAUCAACGACCUUUAUUUAAUUAUAUUAGUUUUUGGAGGCAUUUAAAUUUAUAUGUCCUGGAAAAUAUAAUGGAAAAUGUUUUUGCAAAAAAUUUUGAAAUGUCUAAAAAAUCUAUUAUAGGAAAUGAAAUAAUGAAAUUGUUUAUUAAUAGUUCUGAACAUUGCUUUUCAAAACUUGAAUAUCUUGAUUGUGAUUAUACCAAUAGCAAUAUUUUGGAAAAAUUGGCUAUAAUGAAUACAUCAAUUAAACAAUUGAUAUUUAAUUAUAAGUACGACAAUAUCAGUAAUCAUGGAAUUAAUAGAUUAAUUAAAGUUCAAAAAAACCUAAAAAGAAUCAGUCUCAACCUCAACUCAAAAAUGCCGAGGGAUGAACUAUUUUGCAAAACACUUGAAGAAUCAAUAAUAAAAUGUGCAGAUACUGUCCAAUAUUUGAAAAUAAGUUGGAUUCCUGUCCCAAAAUUUUUUUCAUAUUUAAUAAAUUUAGUAAGUCUAGAAAUAAUAAAUUUUACUGAUAGAAUAUAUUUGAAUUAUUUAGUAAAAGGAACUUUUCCUCUUUUAAAAUCUUUAAAAUCUUUAAAAGUAGUAGAUGUUCCAGCAAAUAUUUGUAAAAAUAUAAUUGAUAGUACAAAAGGAAAUCUCAUUGAAAUCUCUAUUAUUUAUCAAUAUCAUCAAUAUAAUCCUGAUGAUAAUGGAAAACUUAUCCAGAAAAUUUAUCAAAAAUGUCCAAAUCUUAAAUUUCUUGAGUUAACAUUGUAUAAAGAGAAUAUUACAGAAUUCAAGAAUUUAUUAAUUAACUGUCAAUCUUUAAUUAGUUUGGAAAUUAUUGAUCAUACUAUUAAAUGGAAUAAAUUAUUUGAAGUAUUGAAAUUUUCACCAAUUAGUUUAUUUAAGUUUAAAUUUUCUACUGAAUUUAAGGUUUUGUAUCUUAAUUUGAAAUAUUUAAAAUUAUUUCUUGAUAAUUGGAAUGAUAGAAAUUCUAUGUUAUUACAUUUAAAUAUAGGCUAUUUUUUCAUAAGGAGAAGUCAGCAACUACAACA